UACAUUCUCAUACAAGCCAAAACCAACUCUCUUUCUAUCUCUCUUCUCUAAGCUAAUUUUGCAUCUCUCAAACACUCUUCUUUAUCCCUCUCACCUUUUAUUUUCGCUAGUUGUUGAUUGUUUGUAACCUGGUCUACUUUUCUGGUGAUUUUUAUGGAGUUGUAAUAGGAAAUCUCUCAGUCAAUUAUCCUGUAAACUUACUUGUACUCAUUAAAAGGGGCUCAUAAAAUUAAACUCCAUAGUUUCCACUUCUUUUCAAGAUGGGAGAGAUGUCAAGCUUCCAAUUGGGUGUUAUUGGGGCCCUGUUUCUUUCAGUUGCAUCAUCUGUCUCCAUUGUCAUAUGCAACAAAGCUUUGAUGAGCAAUCUUGGAUUCCCUUUUGCCACAACACUCACUAGCUGGCAUCUAAUUGUGACAUUUUGCACCCUUCAUGCCGCACAACGCUUCAAUCUUUUUGAAAGUAAACCCAUUGACAUGAAGACCGUGGUGCUCUUUGGCAUCCUCAAUGGCGUUUCCAUUGGACUUCUCAACUUGAGCCUUGGGUUUAACUCCAUUGGAUUCUAUCAGAUGACCAAACUUGCAAUCAUACCAUUCACUGUAUUAUUGGAAACCAUCUUCCUUAAAAAGCAAUUCAGCCAAAACAUAAAGUUGUCCCUCUUACUUUUACUUGUUGGAGUUGGCAUUGCUUCCAUAACUGAUCUGCAACUCAAUUUUGUCGGGACAAUCCUUUCUCUCCUCGCCAUUAUAACCACCUGCGUUGGCCAAAUUCUGACAAACACAAUACAGAAGAGGUUAAAUGUGUCUUCAACGCAGCUGCUCUACCAGUCAGCCCCAUUUCAAGCAGCAAUUCUUUUUGUCUCAGGCCCUUUGGUAGAUCAAUUACUCACCAAACAAAAUGUGUUUGCUUAUAAUUAUUCUCCUAUAGUCUUGGCAUUUAUCAUCCUCUCUUGCAUUAUUUCAGUAUCUGUCAAUUUCAGUACAUUUUUGGUUAUUGGCAAGACAUCCCCAGUGACAUAUCAAGUUCUUGGUCACCUCAAGACUUGCCUGGUUCUUACCUUUGGCUAUACAUUGCUGCAUGACCCUUUUACAGACAGGAAUAUCGUUGGAAUCCUCAUUGCCAUUUUUGGGAUGGGCUUGUAUUCCUAUUUUUGCACCCAAGAGAACAAAAAGAAACAAGCUGAUCCUUUGGGGUCACAGAUGAAAGAAAAGGAUGCAGCACCAUUUCUGGGUCCACAGAAAGAAGGCCAUGAAGUUAAAAACUUGAACAAAGAUUCCCUUGUCUAAAACAAAACAGGGUUUUUUGUGUAUUAAGGUGUUGUUUCCAACAUUUUGUACCCAAGCGUAAACCAGUUUUUGAUUCUUUAAAUAAACCACGCAUUCCCACAGUUCAUUUCUAUGUUCUCUUUCUCAGCACAUAGUAACAGUUAUGGAAUCAUUAGCAAAUUGUAAUUGAUCAGCUUCAUAUUUGUUACUAUUAUUUCUUUGCCUGUAAAAAUUUAUAUACUUAAAUGAAAUUAAAGCCCCACUUUCUUUCUUCUUUGGCAAAAAAAUAA